GGCGCGGAGGGGCGCGGCCCCAGCAGGCGGCGCUGUGCGGCUCCGCCAUCGCCGCUCCGCAGCUCCGCGGCCGCUCGGGGCCCACAGGGGCCGCGGCUUCCCGGGCGCGGGGAAGGGCCCUGGGCUGGGCCGAGGCGGCGGCGGGCGGCGGCGCGGGGUCACGGCGGCGCCAUGGGGAAGCGGGAUAACCGUGUGGCUUAUAUGAACCCCAUAGCUAUGGCCAGGGCACGAGGUCCUGCCCCAAAUUCAGGACCAACAAUACAAGACUACCUGAACAGGCCAAGACCAACAUGGGAGGAAGUGAAAGAGCAACUAGAAAAGAAAAAGAAAGGAUCCAGGGCUUUGGCUGAAUUUGAAGAAAAGAUGAAUGAGAAUUGGAGGAAAGAACUGGAAAAACACAGGGAGAAAUUACUGGGUGGAAAUGAGAGUUCCUCCAAAAAGAAAGAGAAAAAGAAAAAGGAAAAGAAGAAAUCUAAUAGGUUGUCUUCAUCUUCCUCUUCUUCAUCAAGCUCUGAUUCUUCCAGCAGUUCAUCUGAUUCAGAAGAUGAGGAUAAAAAGCAAGGGAAGAAAAGAAGGAAGAAGAAGUAUCGCUCCUCACGGAAAUCUUCAGCAAGCACAACUUCAGAAUCUGAGUCAGACAGCAAGGAUAGCACAAGAAAGAAGAGGUCAAAGGAAGACUGUGAAAAAGAGAAGGAAGGUAAAAAUCACCACAGGAAAAGGAAGAAAGCAGAUCGUGGUGAUGGACCUUUAUCAUCAGAAUCUGUAUCUGAAUCGGAUCAAACAGAGGAGGUGCAAGCGAAAAAGAAGAAAAGCAAUGAGGAAAAAGAGAAAACAGAUAAAACAAAAAAGAGAAAGAAGCACAAGAAACAUGGUAAAAAGAAGAAAAAGAAGGCUGCUGGUUCAAAUUCAGAUUCAGAAUAAUAUUUUAAAACAACCUGAGACUAUCAACAGAAGUGCAAUGACUAAAGGAAACUUAAACUGUGAAAUGACAGCAAAUUUUACCAAACUGCAUGAGUUUUCCUGUGUUUUAGAAAUAUUCCUAAUCUUUCAGUAGCCAGCCAG